GGCACGCCCUUUCAAGAUUCCGUCACACCCGAUUUACCGAUCAUACUUCCAACUCUUUUAGCUCUGUGAAAGAGUCGACCAUGGCGUCUCCUUCGUCUACUCCCCUCAGAGUGUCCCCGGAACUCCUGAGUUUUCUGAGUGCUGUUGGGGCCGGAAAUCUUGGCUUACUUAAGCAGUUGGCAUCGCAACUCGAUGAUGGGAGAGGGAUGGAAAGAACUAUUGCGGAUGCAAGGGACGAUAAGGGACGCGGGCUGCUUCAUUCGGCCGCGACAGAGGGUAAUAUCAGACUGUGCAAGUACUUGUUGGAGGAGUUGAAGCUUGAUGUGAGCCCGAAAGAUGUUGAGGGUUUCACUCCUCUUCAUCAUGCUGCUGCAUCGACGCAUAUUGAAACAGCAAAGUAUCUAAUAGAUCGAGGUGCCAAUCCUGUUAUACCUAAUAAUAAGGGUCUAACGGUGUUGCAUUACGCUGGUGGGUCAGGGAACAUUGAAUUGAUGGGCUUUCUACUUUCUAAAGGGGUCAACAUUGAUUGUCAAAGCUCUUCUGCCAGCCCUUUAAUGUUUUCUGCUGCCUGUGGUCAGCAAGAUGCUGUAAAGUUUCUCUUAGAACAUCAUGCUAACCCAAAUGCAGAAACUGCUGAUCGUUUAACUCCGCUCUUUGCAUCUGUCAAUAACAGUUCGCUUGAAUGCUUAAAGCUCUUGAUUCAGUGGGGUGCCCAGGUGAAAGUUACUUUGCCUAAAGGAGGAACACCUCUGCAUGUUGCUGCGUUGAGGGGGAACCUCGACGUCAUAAAUUGCUUACUAGAAGCUGGAGCUGAUCCCAAUGUCAGAGACGAGGAUGGGAUGACACCCAUACAACUUGCAGCACGAAGUGGCAAUCGUGCAGCCGUGGAGAUUUUUUUUCCAAAGACUUCAGAAAUCAAAACUAUUCCAUGGAGUGUGGACGGAAUCAUGGUGCAUUACCAGGCUGAAUAUGUUGAAAUGCAGAAAGCUUUAGAUGAAGAAGCAAAACAGAAAGCUGCAGAAGCAAAACAGAAAGCUGCAGAAGCAAAAUCAAGGGGAGAUGAUGCCUUUCGAAGAAAGGACUAUCGAGCAGCUGUAUACGCUUACACACAAGCAAUAGGCUUCGAUCCAAAUGAGGCAACUUUGCUUUCCAACCGAAGUCUUUGCUGGUUUCACUUGGGACAAGGUGAACAGGCUCUAGUUGAUGCAAAGGCCUGCAGGGAGCUUAGACCAGAUUGGCCCAAAGCUUGCCAUAGGGAAGGUGCAGCUUUGAGUCUUUUGCAGAGAUUUGACGAAGCAGCCAAUGCUUUCUCCGAGGGUGUCAAGCUUGACCCCGAAAGUAAGGAGCUUGCAAAGGCUUUCAGAGAAGCUGUCAAAGCUGGAAGGAAGUUCCGAGGGACGCAGAAAAAGAGCUCUUGACUUGAAAUGCUUGAGAAGCCGUGAGAAAAAAACUUGAUGCUCGAGUCGAAGGGACAUUGCUCGUGACAGCCGUGCGCCAUUUUCCCUGUGACUGAUGGCAUUAACCUUCUUUUUUUGUUUUUUUUUUCCUUUUGAGCUUGUACGAAUUUUGUGAAUCGGUUGCAGAUCGUGUUCUUGGUAAUGAAAUCUAUGCAGUUUUGUCCGAGGCGAGGCUUGCUG